AUGCCUCUUAUCAACGGUCCAAUACCCAGCUUCUACUAUGUUCCUCUCAGAAGCCUUACCCUUAAUGGCCAGAGCAUCCCCGUGAAUAGCAGGCAUGUUAUGCUCGACACGGGCGCGGCACUCACGAUGCUCGAUUCGGACCUGGUGCAAUCAUUGGAGGCUGGGGUGAAGAAUAUCAUGAAGCUCCCGACGGUCCAACGUCCCGAGUUAAGUCUAUGCUUCGAUAUCAGAAGCAAUCGCAAUGUACGUUACCCGAUUAUCACGUUCGAAUUCGAUGGGGUAUCUCUGACGUUGGACGUCGGCCACGUGUUCAUGUUUUUGGACGCGAAUACUGCGUGCCUGGCUAUCAUCUCAAGCGGCGAUGCCGACCAACCUGGGGUCAUUGGCAACCGUGCUCAGGUCAACUUUCACGUCGGCUAUGAUCUUGACAACCGGAAGAUCUCCAUUGCUGGCGUUAAUUGCGCCUACUUUUGA